AUGGGCACAUUCAAGCGCGACGAGAAUCCCACACCACCCAAGGCAGCAGACUGGGCGUAUGAAGCUUCUUUCAACUGGGGUCGAAUCAACUCGAACUACAGUCUUUGCCAAACCGGCACACAGCAAUCACCCAUCGCCCUGUCGUUUAACCAUGGACUGUCGUUGAACCAUAUCAUCAGGUUCAAUUACCCAAACAAAACGGCCGGUAACUUUUACAACUGGAACUACGGUCCAGCCUUCACUGUCACGCAUCCCGAGGGCGAGUACACUGGUAACCCGUCGUUCACGUACGACGACAUGACCGUCUAUCUGGCUGGUUGGCACAUCCAUUCGCCCGCUGAUCAUUCGGUCAACGGUGAUCGAUCCAAGGCGGAACUUCACCUCGUACACGUGGACAAAGAAGGCCAUGAGAAGGCUGUGCUGGCUAUUCGGCUCGAUCCCGGCAACGCCAAUAACACCUUCUUCAACCAGCUUCCUCGGAUGAUCGGCUUCAACGACGUCGGAAUUCAGCAACAGAUCGAGAUAGACUUGAUGCCGGCCCUCGACAGCGUCCUUUUCUUCAACGAAUUCUGGACCUACCAAGGCAGUCUCACGAGCCCACCGUGCCAUGAGGGUAUCCGCUGGUUCGUGGCUCGCCAAGUUAUGUUCACCGGUGUUGAGCAAAUGAGGGACAUUCUGGGCGCAAGUACAUACAGCGCCAGGGCCGAACAGGAAGUCUGGCAGCAUCGCAUCAACGAAUGA